GCGUGGAUGUGAGUUGGGAAACUUUGAAGUUCCUUUUUUGUUUAUGAUCCAUCAAUUGGAGGGGUAAAAAAACAAAGAAAAAACUCCAAAAUGGGCCUUGCCGGAUGUUAUGCUUGCAUGAAAUAUUUAGUCGUUAUUUUCAAUCUCAUCUUUUGGUUGGCUGGCAUUGGCGUCCUAGCAGUAUCCGUCUGGUUGUACCUGGACAGUUCUGUGUAUCUCGGGAACACUGAAGACAGUUAUGCCUACUUCGUCGCCAUUUUUGUACUCAUGGCAGCGGGAGCCAUCAUGUUCCUGAUAGGCCUUCUCGGUUGUUGCGGGGCCCUGCAGGAAAGUCCAUGUAUGCUCGGAACGUUCUUUAUAUUUUUAUUGGUGAUAUUUGCAGCAGAAAUAACUGGAGGCGUUUGGGCUUGGAUGUACAAAGACGAGGUGAACAAGAUUAUUGAAAUUCAGGUUACGAAAAUGGUAAAAGAUGAAUAUGGUGCCUCAAAAUCCGUUGAAAACACCAUUGAUGCCGUGCAGCAUGAUCUUCACUGUUGUGGUGCAAUGCAGCCGAGUGACUGGGCUCAUUCGAGACUCAACAGUAAGGACAAAAGUGCCGUCGAAGUGGGCAUCUCUAAAUCAUUAGGAUUCUACACGCUGCCAGCCACCUGUUGUAAAAGUAAAAACCCAGAUGUUUGUGAGAUUCACAGAAAAGUCAAGUUUGCGGGCCAGAUCUUUGAUGGAAUAUACAACGAAGGCUGUAUACCUCGUUUACAACGCUACUUUGAAGAAAAUAUGGUGAUUAUGAUAGGCAUAGGAAUCGGCAUUGGAGUUAUUCAGAUGCUUGGCCUGGUAUUCUCUAUGGCUUUGUGUUGUGCCAUCCGUAGUGAAUGACAAGCACAUUACUGAUGCCUGAAAAUUUGUUUUUUUGUAAAUACUUGUUUUCGGCAAGAAAAUAGAUCUGCUCUAUGCAUCAAUACUCACUGCACAGUCCUGGGAAAAAAAAGCCCAAAACACACCAUAAUAUUAACCAGAGACAUCUGAAUUAUGUCAAUUGAUUUGAAAUGACAAAAUGUAUAAAUAGCAACUGCAGAAACUUUGUUAAGGGGCCAUUUUCAUAAUAAAAUGAGACAUCAACUUUUAAACUUCGAAUAACAACCACCUUUUAUUGCCUCAGAUUUGUCAUCAGGAAAAAAGUUUAACCUUGCAUUCCAAUUAUUUCGUAUUUUGGUUCAGCGUUUGAUUUACGAUUCUACAGAAACAAAUCUCCCUCAUUAUGUUAAAAGAUGUUUUGACAUCAUUGUUUAUAAUAUCUAAACCAUCAUAACUACGAGAAUUUUUGUCUUUUUAUACUACCAACCCAAUAAUGAAAGUAAGUUUUUCUUGAUUGAAAAUGUCAAUUUAACAUUUGUUUUAAAUUAAUGAAUGGAUACUUAAAAAAUGAUAUAAAGCAAUAUUACAAGGAAAAAUUAACUUGGAGAAACUUUCAAAUUAAUAUCAAAAUUUUCUAUUAAAAAUAUUCAAUAUUUUUUUUAUGCUUAAAAAUACAUUUUGCUACCGCAUACCACUGCUAUAAAACUCUACUUCUUAAGUAAAAAGCAAAAAUAUUAACGAAACUAAAACAUUUUAUGGAGUUGUUUUAUACUAUGACUACAAAAUAAUACGUGUCUUAGCGCUUUAAAACACUUCGAUUUUUCCUUGCAUCAUGAAACUCAAUUUAGCAAGUUAAAAAUAAUGAAUAGAUGAAAAUAUCUUAAAUAGAAAAAUAUUUUAUUAAAUAUCAUUAUUUGAAAGUCAUCUUAAAUCUAGCUUUAAAAAAUUGGAACAGAAGACAAUUCUUAAAGUUAACAAUAUCCGCUACUCCAACGAUGAGAAUGUAGCGAAAAGUGGUAAAUUGCUUAAGAACUCAGAAAAUAUUUUUAUUGUCAAAAAUAGGGUGUUCCAGUAGAAAUUUUGAAGGUAUCGUUCAUUUGAAUGUGAAUAUGAACCCUUGUCAAAAUUUAUUUCAAUAUUUUAAAAGAAGACAUUUUUAAUGAAUGUCGAUUUAUUUUUGUAAUGCAAAUGAUGGGCAUAGUGUGGCUCUGGUGAAAAGAUGCUUGACCUUUGACGAGCUUAUUUACGUUUGGGUGGAAAGAGGAGAAAUUCUUAGAUUGGCACAACACCUAUAAAUAGCUAUCGGCUACAAAAACCCGUCUUUCUUGAACCCUAUUUCAACAAAUGAAAUCGUCAGCUUGUCAGAAGUCACAACUUAUCAGAGAGGAGGGUUUCAUAUUUUUCUCAGGACUGUACAAAGUGGACCAAUCACUUUUUAUGGCUCAUUGAUAUGGUUUUAAAAUUGAAGUGUAAAUAAGAUCCAAAGAGAGAAGUGAGGAUAAGCAAUUCAUUUAAACUUCCGAGCUCGUUGCAAACGAAAUUUAUCGUGAUUACAAUUCUUUAUUUAAAAAAGAUUUAUUUCUUCUAAACCGUUUUGUUAUUAUUCUUAGUGAAUAUAGUUAGACUUAGUGAAUAUAAAUGAAAACAAAAUCGAGCAAUAAGCGUAAGAAUGAGCUAACAGCUAAAAAUGUUAUACAUUAUACAACAGCAAAAAAAAAAAAAAAAUGUGAUCAAUACUCAGAAAUUAGAGACUUAUAAUUACUAGGGUGAGUCCCAAGUUUUGUAAUAAAUCACGUACUUUAUUUAUUCGUUAUUAACUUUAGAAACAUAUUAUUUGAACUCCAUCAAUGACAUUUUUGAAAAUGAACAGGAGGAUCAACUUGCUAAGGCUAGAUCUCCAAGUCCCAACCAGAUUCACCUCUGCCUCUGCGCAAUAUUAAACGAAUUGUUCGCCAAGGUAUUUUUUUAGUCACACAAGCUUUGUCGGGCCCUCAUCACCAUUUUAUUAAUAUUCAUAUAUUAUAAUUUUAUUAAUAUUAAUGCCAUAGUUUUUUUUUUUUUUUUUUUUUUUUUUUUGCUGCAGUGCUGUGGUUCACUGAACCUUUACCAUUAUCACGGCACGAGUUUCGCAUCGCCUUGACUGCAUUAUAGGCUCACUGAAACUUAUAAAGCAAAACUUAUUAUAAUUAAUUUUGCACAGCUGAUCACUUUUAACACGUCCAGUUCCCAUAUCUCGUAUAAGAACUCAAUAAUAUUGCGUGAUACGCACAAACAUAAAUGUUGGCUUUCUUUUAAUCAGUUACCCGCACUUCAUGCACAUGCGUGCACAUGUUAACUGUAUGUUGCGAAAAUUAACAUAUGUCAAAAUAUUGGAAAACUUUUGACGCGCCCUAGUAAAAGGGUAGUAUCUAGUUAUAUUUUAAUAUCAAAAAUCGUACAUGAGACGUAAAAGUUCUAACUGCAUUACUUUCUAAUAAUCAAUAUGACAUUUUAAAAUAUAUCAUUUAGUUAAAAUUGUAUUAUUUUAAAUUAAUCUUAAUGUUAUUAAUCUACAAAGAAAUUAUUUUCACUUUGUUACAACUAAUUUUUAACUUUUUUUUUACUGAAAAAGAAAUUAAAUUUAACCAUAUGAAAGAUAUAUUGGUAAGCAACAUCAUAUUUCUCAACGAAUUGUACAGUUCAAAUAUUUUGUUAGAAUUCAAACCACAUGAUUUUAUUAUUAUUAUUUUUUUAAAUCCUUAUUUUUUAAAAAAGGCAUUUGAGACUCAAACAUUUUGCUACAUUUUUGUGUCAAUUUUUAAUUUUUUAAACGUAUUAACAGUUGGAGCUACCAUAUGACCGAUGAACAUGUUAAAGUUUUAAUAAUUUUGGUGUAGUACCAUUGGAUGAAACUUUCACUGCUAUUUUCAAGUUUCUUCACUUCCUUUUGUGUUUUUUAAAAGGAAAAAAGAACUUUAGAAUCACUUAAUGAAGAUCUCUAAGAAGAGAAUUUGCAUACAAAGCAAAAAUUGAAUACGUUACGUGAAAAUUACGUUCGGUCUUACGGAAUUUGGAGCAUUAUUGCAUUUUUAAGUCUUUUAUACUGCUUUAUCUCACCCGUCUUGUAAAAUGACAUGAAAUACUGUAUAUAUGUUUAUUUAAGAAUUUGUAAAUAAAAUUAAUUGUA